CCGCCCUCCUGUCGCUCUGCGGUCACGUGACCAUUACUAAGCCUCAGGCAGAUUUUCUAACGAUUUUUAUGUCACAAAAUAUUUUUACAUUUGGAUUUUUCCUUUUUCAAAUUUUGAAGCGACUUGUGUUACCUGUUUUAGUUCCAGGCUGCAGUUCUCUCCUUCGGCCAGUGUCAGGCGCUGCAGCUCGGUUGCUAUAGCGACCGCGCGUUCGGGUAGGAACCUUUCUCUCCCGGAACGUUUUGCGCGAUAUUUCUUUCCUGUCUGGGCAUUGCCUGAUUCACUGAAGAGCAGACGAGAGGAGAGAGCUGCUGAGUGAUAACGGGCAGACAGUUACCGGAGGACUGGCGGACGGAGGCUGGUAGGAUAGCGGAAGAAGAGGGGGACUCCUGUCCCAGAAUCAUGUCGGACUCUGGACACAGCCAGCCCAGUAUGUACGUCCCCGGGCGCAAUAGGAGGCGUCGCUGGAUGGACCAGGGCCCUUUCGGGAAUCUGAACCUCUCCGAACCUGGCCGAGAGAGAGACCCCACGUUACGAGACCGGGAUCAAGACAGAUGGGAUGGAAAUGACGAUAACUCUGGCUACACCAUGCAGAAGACUCCCAUCAUCCUGGCGAAGCCCACUGCAGAGCGGCCAAAGCCGACGUCAGCCCCGCCUGCUCUGGAAAAGCCCAUCGUACUUAUGAAGGCCAGAGAGGAGGGUAAGCCGGCCCCGACAGCAGAGGGCGCCAGCCUCACGCCGACAGCCGCCACAGCCAAGGUGGAGAAAGAAGGACAGCGCCCAACACAGCCCGUGUAUCAGAUACAGAACAGGGGCAUGGCGGCUGCAGCGGCGAAUGCCGGCGGUAACGUGGAUCCGGUGGUCGGUCAGGCGAAGCUGAUGCCCCCUCAGAAGAUGAAGCACAGCAUUAAGCUGGUGGAUGAGUACAUGAACUGGUGUGACAGCGCCAUUGAGUUCUUGCUGGAUCAGACAGACGUCCUGGUUGUCGGCAUCCUUGGCCUCCAGGGCUCCGGCAAGUCCACCAUGAUGUCCCUUCUGUCUGCCAACUCUCCAGAUGACGACCAGAGGGCGUACGUCUUCAGGAUGCAAAGUCAAGAGGUGAGAGAGCGAGCUGGGAACCAGACGAGCGGCAUCGACUUCUUCAUCAGUCAGGAGAGGAUUAUCUUCCUGGACACGCAGCCCAUCCUGAGUCCGGCCAUAUUGGACCAUCUGAUCAAUAACGACCGGAAACUGCCCCCCGAAUACAAUCUGCCACACACUUAUGUGGAGAUGCAGUCCUUACAGAUCGCGGCCUUCUUGUUCACGGUCUGUCAUGUCGUCGUCGUGGUCCAGGACUGGUUCACAGACUUUAACUUGUACCGGUUCCUGCAGACCGCCGAGAUGCUGAAACCGUCUACCCCUUCUCCCAGUCAUGAGUCUAGUGGGUCAUCUGGAGGGGAUGAAGGCAUCGAGUAUUACCCCCACAUAGUGUUCCUACAAAAUAAAGCCAAAAGAGAAGACUUCUGUCCCCGCACCUUGAAGCAGAUGAACAUGGUGGUUGACAAGCUCAUGCUUCACUCGCGCCUGCGGUACAAAGGCACCGUCUCCAUGUUGGACUGCAACAUCUUUCCUGGGUUACCCUAUGACUUCCUGGAAUCGGAAGUGAAUUUAUUUCUAAUACCAACCAUGGAGAACGAUACUGAUGAAGCCAACUCCAGAGCAGGAUCAGGAGGAAAUCCAGCGUUCCCUGUCCUGCCGGCGUACAAGGGGCACCCCAGCUUCCACACCAUGAUCAGUAAACUCCGAAGCCAGAUUAUGUCCAUGUCACGGCCGCAGCUUUCACAUACCAUCCUGACGGAAAAGAACUGGUUCCACUAUGCCGCUCGUAUCUGGGACGGGGUGAAGAAGUCGUCGGCACUUUCUGAGUACAGCAGGUUACUGGGCUAGGACGGUCUCCCAGCCAGUAUGGUGCUUAUAGACUGUGGCUCUGCCCAGUAGACGAGAGGUCACAUAACGUGGCAUCCGGGGUACACAGGGCACCUCAUUCCUUCCAGCAGGACGAGCAUGGAGGAGCCCCAGCUAUGGCGUCUUACCUUCCUGUACAAAGCGGAGGGGGCGAGACGAAGGUAAAUUCCUCUCAUACAGGAGGAGGAUUUCAUCUGUUCUCAUCAUGGGACGUUGUAAAUACCUGCGGCCGGGGCCGCCAGAGUCAGUGCGGGCAUCACAGGGGCACUAAAGUCAGCGAGGGCAUCAUGGGGCGCCAUAGUGAGCGCACAACCCAAAAGGGAAUAAAUGACAAUAAAACAAGUGCAACAACCUGA